GAUGUCAACAUGGCUGAUUUUGGAGAAAUCCUGAGGAACAUUGGAGAAUUUGGAUUAUUCCAGAAGAUCACUCUGAUCGCACUUGGCUAUACAAAUUUUUUUCAGGCCUUUGUCUUGGGAGCUCUUCUUUUUGUUGAGCCAGAUCCAGAGCGACACUGUAACACAGACUGGAUCCUGCAGGCUGACUCUAACCUGACCACAGAGGAGCAGCUGAAUCUGACUCUGCCCCGGAUGGAGGAUGGGACCUUCAACAGGUGUUUCAUGUUUGUCCCUGUGGACUGGGACAUUGGUGCCAUCAGGGAGUAUGGACUCAAUGAGACCACAAGGUGCCAGAAUGGAUGGGUGUACCACAACACAAUGUAUGAGGCCACCAUAGUCACUGAUUUUGAUCUCGUCUGUAACAAAGCUAACAUGUUGCAAAUGGCACAAACAGUGUUAAUGGCAGGUAUUCUUGUUGGCUCCAUCAUGUUUGGACCUGUUGCUGAAUCGUUUGGUCGUAAACGAGCAGUUCAGAUUGGAGGACUUAUAUUUUGCAUAUUUAAUAUAAUAACACCACUAUGCCCCAAUAUCCACUUCUAUUUAGCAUGCCUGUUCCUGACUGGAUUUGGAGGUGGAGGCUAUCGAGUCAGUUCUAUUGUACUGUCCACUGAGUGGAUCGGGCCUUCCAAAAGAUCAUGGGGAACAUGUGUGACGACGCUAUUUAGUGCAGUUGGACAGUGUGUCCUCCCUGGUGUGGUCUACGUUGUCCGAGACUGGAGACUGUCUCAACUCAUCUUAAUGGCUCCACUUGGAGUGAUUGUUUUCUACAUAUGGUUUAUUCCUGAGUCAGCCAGGUGGCUGUUAAGCAGAGGAAGGACAGAAGAGGCUAAACGAGAGAUUGUCAAGGCAGCAUCCAUCAACAAACGCCCUAUUCCGGACUCUCUUUUGCAAAAGAUUGCAGUGAACAAUGCUGUGCAAAAGGAUGGUAUAAAGGUUAUCUUCAGAUCAUGUCUACUGACUGGAUGUUUCUUCACUGUUUUGGUGGCAUGGUUUUCAUUGAACCUCGGCCUAUACUCCCUGCACUUGAACAUGGGAACCUUUGGCUUGAGCAUCUUCUUGACACAGGUGUUGUUUGGUGUUAGCGAAAUACCAGCAAAUUUACUUGCCGUGUGGCUGCUGGAGGUUUUUGGGAGAAGAAAAUUAAUUAUAUCAACACUUACGGCAGGAGCACUCUCUGCUGCAGUUAUCCUAGCUGUUCCUCAAGAAUAUGCCAUUGUUGUUACAACUUUAGUUGUCUCAGCUCGUUUUUUCCUGAUCUGGUCUUGUACUAUAUGCAGUAUCCUUAUGCAGGAGUUGUUUCCGACAUCUGUCAGACAAACAGUCACAGCCUUGGGAAACAUGUCAGCAAGAGGAGGGGCAGCAGUGGCUCCACUGCUCAACAUGUUGGCUGUGUUCCACUGGGUCUUACCCAUUGCCAUCUUUAGUAGCCUUAUACUGGCCAGUGCAGCUCUGUGCUUUUUGCUUCCCGAGACCAGGAGAAAAGAGCUUCCGGAGUCGGCCGCUGAUUCCAAAAACAACAGAGAUGUUACCGCCACAACAACAGCAGGUCACAAACAGACAGAAACCCGGCUGUAGGCAUGUCUAUGCUUAUUCUUUAAAACAAACAUACCACUCAUCACUUAGUUGGAACCUCCCAUGGGGUCUCAGUAUAGCUCACAAGAUAAUUAAGAAAAAAGAAUCUGAUUUUGCAUGGUGACUGUAACAAACAUGCAGUUCAAUGCUUCUUUCCUUUAAUUUUACUGCUUCUAUGUCCUCUGGCUAUGGUUUUAAUAUGAGUCUGUGAAGGUUAGUUAGUUAGUUAUUUAGUUAUUUAGUAGCAGUUUAUUUUGAAGAUUUAAGUAGAAAAUAAACAAAAUAAUCAAACAGUAGCCUAGCAGACAGACAUAAAAACAGGUUACCAAAACCACAGGUUAUCUUCUCUAUAUACUUCUUUUUUAACUGGUUUAGGUUUGGACAUUUCUUUAGCUCCACAUUCAAAGGGUUCCAUAGUUUAACUCCACAGGUAGAAAUACAAAAUCCUUUCCUUGUCAUUACACACAGACAAAGUCUUGAAAUUUAACGCUACCCUUAAGUCAUAAAGUCAUCCCCUUGCCUUUCAAUGAAUAAUUUUUGAACAUUUCCUGGUAGUAAAUUGUUUUUUUGCUUUAAAUAUUAUUUGUGCUGUCUUUAAUUCCACAAGAUUUUUAAAUUUUAAGAGUUUUGACUGUAAGAAUAAUGAGCUGUAUGACCCCUAUAUCUUGCACCAUGAAUGAUCUGAAAUGCUUUCUCUUGCAAAAUAAGUAAUGGAUGAACUGCACCUCUGUAGCUGUUGCCCCAAACCUCUGCACAGUCAUUUGGAUAUGGAAGAACGUGUCAACAGUAAAGAAUGUGGAGUGACUUGUGAUCCAGGACCUGCUUUGCUUUAUUUAAUUCUGCGAUACUUUUUGAUACUUUGGUUUGUACAUGCUUAAUAUGGAAUUUCCAACAGAUUUGGUCGUUUAUUAUCACCCCAGGGAAUUUGAUUUCAUCUAUUCUUUCAAUAUCAAACCCAUCCAAAUGAGUCUUGUUUUUUUCAGGUUUUAUGAUAAUUUAUUUCUAUCAAACCAUACUUUGAAUUAAAUCAAUUCUACCACACCUUAACAUGCACUUAUUUUUAUAUAUUUUUACUCCCUUUUUGUUUUGUAAUAAUGUAUGUGAAAUAAAUAAA